AUGCUGAUCUUGGCGCGAUCCUUGAUUCAAAUCAUGCUGAUCUUUUCUAUUGUUCUUUCGCUGGGCUGGGGCAUGGUCGGGUUGUCAUUGGAUCCUUACGGGAUAAUCUCCAUCCUGGGCUUUACGGCAUUACUCGUUACGUUCGGUCAUACCAUGUACAAUUGGAAUCGCAUCCCCUUUGCGGCCACAAAUUUGUACACAGCUUUGUGUGCAAUGCGCUGUACCGCCGAUAUAACGAUUCUUGGACUCACUAGCAUUAUUGUGGCCUUUUGUUGGUGCGUGAUCUGGUCCAUGGCCUUUAUAGGCAUUGUGAAUUCCUUCAACAGUAAAGAUUGUGACCAGGAGGAUGUCUGUGAACCGCACGUGCGCAGCAGUCACAUUCCGCUGUACCUGCUGCUGGUGUUUUCCUUCCACUGGACCAAUGCGGUCAUCAAGAACAUCGUUCGAGUCACAGUGGCGAGUGCGAUUGGUACCUGGUGGUUUUACCCCCAAGAGUUGCGUACCUUUUGCAGCCCCGCCGUACUACGACCACUGACGCGUUCAUUGACGACGAGCUUGGGCUCUAUUUGUCUGGGUAGUCUGAUUAUUCGACCGGCACAGGCUUUGUCUGUACUGGGUACUUUUUGUUGCUGCAUGUUUGGUGGGGGACCGGAAGGCACCGGCAGUGCGUGUAUGAAUCAUGCGCAGCGGAGCAAGAGGAUUGCGGACGAGGACAAGAAUGAAGUGAUCACUGACGAGCCCAACGGGGAUCCCGAUUCAGCAGCGGAUACCGUCGGUCUCUGCGAUCGCGCGUGCGGUGUGGUGGGAAGGAUAUCGCUGCAACUACGUGCGUGCAACCGAUGGUCGUUUACGUAUAUUGGUAUGUACGGCUACGGCUUUACCGAUGCUGGCAAGAAGGCGAUUCAAUUGUUCGAAACGCGCGAAUGGAUGGACGUGGUACGGGACAAUUUGAUUCGGAAUGUGCUGCUCUUAUCGAGUAUGAUAAUUGGCGGGAGCGCCGGUGUCUUUGCGGUAGUAGUGGAAGAAACGGACGGAUACGAAUUCUCCUCUUUUCACAAACCAAUUAUUACGGCCUUUUUGAUCGGUUCGGUGAUUGGCUUUAUCCUGAGCGACAUUUUAUUGUUGGGUGUGGUGGGCAGUGCGGUGAAUACCGUCCUGGUGUGCUUUGCGGCCGGCCCGUUCGAGUUCGACAAGAAUCACCCGCAACUGAGUCGCGAGAUGCGCGACGCAUGGAGUCAACAGGUAUGGGAGCCAACCGUGCACGCGGUGGUGUGA